AUGGAUCUGGACACCUUGCAAGCCUUUCAGAAUGAACUCAUCUGCUCCAUCUGUAUGAACCACUACUUAGACCCUGUCACCACUGACUGUGGGCACAGCUUUUGCAGUCCCUGCCUCGCCCAAACCCCAAUGUGCUGCCCUGAAUGCAGGGGAGUUUCAGAGAAGUCAGACUUCAAAACAAAUAUUGCACUCAAGAAGCUGGCUUCCCUUGCCAGACAGGCACAAACUUACCGUGUCAGCAGCUCCGAGGAGCAGAUCUGUGUGCUGCACAAAGAAGCGAAGGGGCUUUUCUGUGAGGUUAACAAGAACCUGCUCUGCACGCCCUGCUCUGAAUCAGCAGAGCACAUGGCUCAUAGCCACAGUCUGGUACAGUGGGCUGCUGAGGAAUACAGGGAGAAACUUCUGAAGAGAAUGGGCUCUUUAUGGAACAUGACUCAAGAAAUGCAAAACAGGGUAGGGAGGAUAUGUAACCCUUUGCAUCUACUAUCUCUUCAGGACUAUGUGGCCUUAAGGAAGAUGAUGAUCAAAGCGCAGUAUCAGAAGAUGCAUCUAUUUCUCCAUGAAGAGGAGCAACUCCAUCUGGAGACACUGGAGAAAGAAGAAAAGGAGAUUGUCCAACAACUCAAGGAAAGUGAACUCAGAAUGACCCAACAGAAGGAAAGCCUGAAAGAAAUGUAUAGAGAGCUGACUGAGGUGUGCCACAAGCCUGACGUGGAGCUACUCCAGGACUUGGGAAAUGUAUUGCAAAGGACUGAAUUGGCGCAGAUGCACAAGCCUCAGCUGGUGAACCCAGAGUUCACAGAACAUCACGGGAAUCCUAGAUAUAUACUGAACAACUUCAGGGUAGAUAAUGUUCUGAGUCAGGAAACCACUGGUAGCUACAGGUGCCUUUCUAAGGAUGCUGGAAGUGUGACGCUUGGAGUCACCCAUGAAGCCAUAUCCAGAGAGUCCCAGGGUGCCAAGAGCUUUGCAGCUCUGAGACCUCAGGUCUUUACCUCUGGUCAGCGUUACUGGGAGGUGGAUGUCACAUGCUCCCCAAAUUGGAUUCUGGGAGUCUGUAAAGAUUCCUUGACCAGUGAUAAUGAUGGCAUUAUUCAUCCUGUGGAAGCAUUUCUUCUGUUUUCUUUGAAGAUAAACAAUCGUUAUGGUCUCUCCACAAACUGCCCACCCCUAAUUCAGUAUGUGAAACGGCCUCUGGGUCAGAUUGGAGUGUUUCUGGAUUAUAACAAUGGAACUGUGAGCUUCUAUGAUGUUUACAAAGGUUCCCUCAUAUAUAGUUUCCCUCCUCUCUCCUCUUUCCCUCUGAAGCCUUUCCUUUGUUUAGGUGCCCCCUGA